GCAAGCACCUUAGAGUUACGAGUGAGGACAGAAGUCCUGGCAGUGACCCUCUGUUUUCUGGUCUCUUCUCCGGCAACACCCGGUCGCCAGAUCCUACCCUGAAGCUGGUGCAGGACAACCCCUGUCUGACAGAGUUCAUCACCUGCGUGCUGGCACUGCCAGAGCCCAGCCCGAGCAUCCUCUCCUUUACUCUGCGCUUAGCUGGGAUACUCGCCGCUUCUGAAAACCGCUUCCAACACCUGCAGCAGGAGAAGCUGUUGGCCAGGCUCUUUGGCAGGGAUGGGCCUCUGACGAGCGCAGUGUGGGAAGAUGCAUCUGUGCGAAGUGGCUGGGUGGAGGGUGUGCACAGCAUGAUGCAUCCCCAGCCUGCCCUCCACUUCCUCUGCAAUGGUGGAGGCAUAGAUGUGAUCUUCACUCUGCAAGGGGAUCCCAGCCUGUUUGUGGCUUCAGCUGCCAGUCAGCUUCUGGUGCACAUGCUCACCCUCUCUGUAGAGUCUGAAACGACUAAACCUGUCAGUACAAAGGACUGUGACUGGCCAGCGUGUGCCCAAAUGAUUAUAAAGCGUAUAGAAGAUUCCCUUCAGUCCAGCUCUGCCUCUCACAUCGAGCAGUCAUUAAAACUGUUAACUAGCUUGUUUGGCAGUUGUCGUGCUACGUGGACUGAAGUACUUUGGUUAGGCAUAGCAAAGCAAAUAGAAUCCUUUUUGACGGAAGAGACUGUUCAAGCAGAGCACAUGCUGGCGAAUCUUUUGCUUAACAUGGCAUGGUCCCCUGUGUUUUGUGACAGUGAAGGCAGUUUUUGGACAUUAGUGACUUCUGCUCUGGAACACUUAACCCCAGUACAAGUGGGUCCUUUGGCAGUGGGAAUUCUGAGGCUCUACAAAUGCCCACAAGAUGUGAGGAUUCAGGCACUGACUGUUCUACUUCAGCCAAUGGACUGUAUUUUGAGAGCAGCCUCCCAGCCUCUGGAAUAUGCAGGUUUGCUGGAUGUGUCUGUUAGUGAUCCCGCCACUGUUGAAAGUCUUCUGUCCUCCAAGUCAUCUUGUAUUAGUCUUCUGUGUCAGACCCUUGCUCAUCUGGAGGAGCUGCUGUCUCUGAUUCGUUUGCCAGUGGAUUUGCCCUAUACAUCUUUGCUACGCUCUCUCAUGACAAUAUUACAAUUCUGCAAUGGCUUCCUGAGUCCAGCUUCUCCUCUGGGAAGGACAAUAAGCAGAAUCUUGAUCAAUUGCUUCAGAGUACAAAGGUCAGCUCUUGAUGUCCUAGCAGCACUCUCGGAGCGAAAAGGCUGUGACACGCUCAUAGGAAGUCUAUUUGAUGUCCUUCUGGCAUACCUGGAGAGUCCGAACACCAACCCUACUGUUCUAAAGAAGACAUUUCAAGCUACAUCCAAGUGGUUGGUACGCUUGCAGGAACUGUCCUGCUCCAACAGUCAGUGGCAACAAAUGGAGAAGAUUUUGGAAGAUGUGUUUCUGCUGCUGCAGAAGCGUUUGUGCAGUCCUUGCUGGGAAGUAAGAGAUUCUUCUCUGGAGUUCCUCACUGUCCUCAUUAAAUGCUUGAGAGACCAGGAUGAGUUCAGGCAGUCUCUCCUGUCUUCAGAGGUGCUGAGGCUUACAGAAAAUCUUCUUGAGGAUCCAGAAAGCUAUGUGCGAGCUAGUGCUGUGACUGCUAUGGGACACUUGGCCUUCAUUACCUACUUUGCUCCAGAGUCACCUGUCACAGGGAAUCAGUAUAAUAAAGAGAACACUGUAGCAAAGCUUCAAGAAAUCUUGUCAAUGGACCCAGAGGGCUUUCCUAGGAGGGCUGUGAUCAGCGUCUUCACCAAGUGGCUGAGACAAGGCUGCACAGGUCAGCUGGAAGAUACAGAGCAGUUUGUCUCUAGAGUGAUCCAAACUGUGGAGCAUGACUUAGACUGGGAAGUCAGACUUGGUGGCUUGGAACUGGUUGAAAUUUUCUGUAGUCAGACAAUUUGCCAACUUGGCCUUUCUAAAUGCCCAUACGUUCCUGCCUUAUCUGCAGUCACUAGUUCCAGUCAUCGGAAUGAGUCACUGCAGGUAUUUUGCCGAACAAAACUGUUCAGCUUUUUAUUUCGGUCUUUGUGUGACUGUGACAAACCAGUAGGUCAGAGAGCCUGUGAUAUACUGCUUGUCUUAAGAGGUAAUUUCUAUCCAGUUAGUACCCUGAAGGAUUCACAAGUGACUGGAGAUUCACCUGCAGGACAUGGCAUUGCCUGGUUACAAAGGACACUAAGGCAGGGUUCUCUGGCCCAGAACUUCCCCACAGAUGAUGGUGAUGGGGUGGAUUUUCAAGAUCCAGAGAGCAUGAUGCUAGCUUUGGGUACAAUAGACUUAGAAGAGCUACAUGAUGAGCUAAAUAAAAGUAGUGACCAUGUGGAAAAAAGCCCUCAGUCCCUCUUACAAGACAUCCUUGCUACCGUGGGGACCAUAGAGGAAAAUGAAGCUGACUGUUACUGA